GGGUCCGCGAUUGGUCGGUCUGGAGAGCUCGGCCGGGAGGCGUGUGCCGGGUCCUGGGUACGCGCGGAGAUGGCGGCGGCGGCGGCGAGUCGAGGCGCCAACCUGGGUCUCCGGGAGAUUCGCCUCCACUUAUGCCAGCGCUCGCCUGGCAGCCAGGGCGUCAGGGAAUUCAUCGAGAAACGCUACGUGGAGCUGAAGAAGGCGAACCCCGACCUGCCCAUCCUAAUCCGCGAGUGCUCCGAGGUGCAGCCCAAGCUCUGGGCCCGCUACGCAUUCGGCCAAGAGAAGAAUGUCUCCUUGAACAACUUCAGUGCUGAUCAGGUAACCAGAGCCGUAGAGAAUGUGCUAAGCGGCAGAGCCUGAAGCCUUCGAUGAGGAUUAAGAGCAACAGCCCACAGCCUGGGCUCUGCCGGACUGAGUACAAUGUGGAAAAAUGUGUUCUAUUGUUUAUAAAGCUUGUGCUGUAA